AUGGCACCACCAAGUUUUGAUUUUUCAUGUCUUCUAUGCACUGAAGACAGUAGCAUUUUAGAUGAGAAUGAUCUUGGUGGUUCAAUGGAAGAUGAAACUGAGCAAUUUGAUGAGCCAAUUGAGUAUGUGCCACCACCAUUGUUGCCACCUCCAUUGCUGAGUGAGGAGAAUUUGAAGGUUUUGAUUGAAAAAGAAUGUCAUCACUUGCCUGCUAGUGAUUAUGUCAAUAGGCUGAAAAAUGGAGAAUUGGAUUUGCAGGGCAGGAUGGAAUCCAUUGAUUGGAUGGAAAAGGCUGGACUGUACUUUGGUUUUGGACCUCUCUGUAUUUAUCUAGCUAUACGCUACAUGGAUCGCUUCCUUUCUGUAGUUGACAUGCUGAAGGAAAGAAAGUGGUCAAUUCAACUCUUGGCUUUUUGUUGCUUAUAUCUGGCAGCCAAAAUUGAUGAGGUUGUUGUUCCUCGAUCUGUUGAUAUGCAGAUGGAUGAAAAGAAGUAUUUAUUUGAUAAGAAAACAUUACGUACGACAGAGCUUCUGAUACUAAGCACAUUGAACUGGAGAAUGCAAGCAAUUACACCUUUCUCCUACAUUGACUUUUUCCUUAACAAGGUCAAUGGUGAUCAAGUUCCAAUAGGAGAUUCAAUUUUGCAAUCUUUCCGACUCAUAAUGAGUACUGUAAGAGGACUUGACUUCAUUCAGUUCAGACCAUCUGAAAUUGCAGCAGCUGUUGCAGUGCUAGUAUCUGUGGAGGGUGAAAACCUAAUUGUUCAAACUGAGAAAGCACUUUCUCUUCUCAUUGAAUAUGUAGAAAAGGAGAAAGUAAUGAAGUGUAUUGAAAUGAUUCAACAGCUGUUAUCAGGUAGUGGUUCUUCUGCAAAGGAUGCUAAUGUUUCUGUCCCUUUUGUAGCUCAAACUCCAAUAGGAGUGUUGGAUGCUUUAUGCCUCAGCUACAAUAGUGAUGACAAUCACUCAGAUGCUACUACUGCACCUCUUGCAGAUUCUCCACUUCAUAACAGCCCUGAUGCUAAACGCAAGAAAACCAUAUCCAACUUUGAAGAGCAGCCAUUACCUGAAAGCUAUAAACCUCCUGCAGAUGAACCUUGGAUGACUGGCUUGACUGGACUGUUCUGUCCUUGUGUACUAUUUGGACGCAAUUUACAAAGCUUGAGGGAAGACACUCAUUGGACUAGGCCAUGCAUUUGUCAUGCCAUUUUUGUCGAAGGUGGCAUUUCUUUGGGUAUAGCAAAUGUAGCUGCAGCUUUCUUAAUUCCUGCCAUUAAUCCAUGGAUAUCAUGUGCCAUUUGUGAGGGUUUAUAUUUCAUUUGGAUUUUGAGAGAUUUCAAUUUGAAGACUUUUAAGAUUUCAAUGUACUAUAUGGAUUUAUAA